CCAGUGUAAACUAAUGAUUGCAAUAUUGUUACAAGUUUUUAAAAUUGGUAAAAUAUUUAAAUGGUUAACUUAACUUUAACUUUGUUUUUAAUAACUUUAGUUAGAUUGUUUAUCAUUCACAAAAGAGAUUACUAACUUACUAUUUAACAUCCCGGAUAUCAGAUCCAAUAAAAGUGUAUUGUUUGUUAAAAAAAAUUACAUGUUGUAAUAGCUUUAUAGGUACUUACUUAUUUUUCUGUUUGGUGCAUCUAACUUUAUUACUGUGCGAAUUUAGAAAAUAUUACUUAAAUGUAUAAAGUUUGUAAGUGCAAUUUGUAAAUUGUAAAUACGAUACUAACGUAGGCAACCUUAUAGCAGUGAAUAGCCAUCCUACUUAAUACAAAGGUAUCGAAGGAGUAAUUUUGACUUUUCGCAGCAGCGGUAGAGGUAACAAAUUCCCCUCCUAUGAAUAUUUUCAUAAUCUACGCUACAAUAUGAAACGUUAUGUACAGAUGAGCAGCACUUGUCGACAGUCAAUUUCAGCUGCCAGCAUUGGUCGGCGCUUAUAACCGUCGUCGACCUGUCGACGUCGGUAGUGUAGUUCAGUCAUUGUAGUACAACUGCAACAGUCGACAUGUCGCCAGAUACCGUCAAAUACCGACAAAUAAUGACGACCGUCGGAGCCGUCAAACAAGUGCCGCUCGUCUGUAUGACUGCCAUUGGAAAACUCUAAAUUGACUUGUAUAUUGCGAAUAUAUUAAGUAUAUAUUUUGCCAAAUUUGAUGCCCUAUAUAUCAAAUAUUAGGAUAUUACUUACCUAAUUUCAUACUUAACUAUUAUUACUUACUGUGAAUCUGACAUACGAGUCUUGCCACUGAAUGGAAUGAAGAUGCUCAGUAGUUGGUACGUUGGUAGCCCUUUACUUGUCUCGCAAACUUAAUUUGUUAUGAAUAGAAGCAUUUUUGUAUUGGAACACUAUACAUUUCUCGAUAGUAGAUAAAUCAAUCCGUUAAUUACUAUUAUAUCUGAAACUUUUAAUGUUUUGAUUUGUUACGAUUUUCUGCAAUUACUGAAUUUUUAUAGAAUAUUAAUAUGAUUGAGUAACAUUUUUUUAUUGAAUGACACAUAAUGUGAAUGGUGUUUUUUAUGUUUAGUAUUAUAAUUAUAAUACCCUUUAUGCAGGUUUACCGUAAGAUUGUCUGAAAUGUUCAUUUUUCGUAAUAAAAUAUUUGUAUUAAAAUAAUUAUUUAAUUUCAAUACUUAGGUACCUAUUGAGAAACCUUUCAGUUGUGUUGUAAAGUAAGCUACCUCUUAAUACCUAUGUUACUUGAGGUUGUAUGAUACUUAGGUGCUAAGUUGUAAUCUCAGGUUGUAACGUUAAUUACCCUUAAUCGAACUAUAAUUUAUUAUAUUACCCUACCUAAUCAUCAAUUUAGGUAGGUACUUAGAUAGGCAAGUUUCCUGUUUCCCUCUAUACCUAUAAACAUUCUAUAAAUAGGCAAGCCUUAUUUUAUUAUACUAAACACGUGUAAAAAUACGUAACUAUCGUCAUGGCUGUGGAGUCCUUUACAACAGUUUAUCUAGUCCUUGUAAUAGUUGGUUUAAAUUACAAUUAUGCAUUCGCAAACAUAUUCUCUUUGAAGGAAGCAAUAGGGUACAACGAAGAUGCACUUUUGAAUUUUACUGGGCUUGCAACGAAGUACGGGUACAAAUCGGAACAACACGUUGUCAUCACGGAGGAUGGAUACAUUCUGUCUUUAUUUCGUAUUUCGAACAAGACGUGUCGGGGAGGAAGGAAGCCUUUACCACUGGUCCUGAUGCACGGGCUGCUGGACAGUUCGGACUCGUUCAUCAUCGCCGGGCCCGAGGCGGGGCUCGCGUACCGGCUGGCCGACGCCUGCCACGACGUGUGGUGCCCCAACCACCGCGGGAACCGCUACUCCCGGAACCACCUCACUUUGAACCACGAAGAAGACCCAGAAUACUGGAACUUCAGCUAUGACGAGCACGGCACCCGUGAUCUCCCCGCCAUCGUCGACUACGUGCUAAAUGUCACAGCGGCCGCCUCCAUCAACUACCUCGGACACUCGCAGGGCACCACCGACUUCUUCAUCCUCAACUCCGUGCGCCCCGACUACAACCGCAAGUUCAACCUGGCCAUUUGCCUCGCGCCCGUGGCGUGGCUCUACCAUUUGUUCAGCCCACUGCUACGACUACUAGCGAAAUACGAACGAGAAAUUGGGACCGCUUUAAGAGCAGUGGGAGUAUACGAGUUGCUGGGCAGGAAUCAACCAAUACCAGACAAACUGCUAGAAUUAUUUUGCCAGUAUAUUCCGGAAGUUCUUUGUGGCUCUACUUUCUUUCUAGUAACUGGUGUAAAUCCUUCGAAUAUUCGCCGGGAUAUUCUGAGAGGUAUAGUUGGCCAUUAUCCUAGUGCAAGUUCUGUUAAGAACUUAUUGCAUUUCGCGCAAGCAGUCAAUGUGAACUCAUUUCGGCGGUUUGAUUAUGAAAGUGAGGGUGCUAAUAUGGCGGUGUACGGAACACGCUCUCCCCCUGAGUACAAUGUGACCAACGUGAAUGUGAGAGUGGCUCUGCUACGUGGCGAGGGUGACUUUCUAGUUUCUAUGCAAGACGUCGAUACUUUAUAUUCUCAGCUACCUAACGUCAUUGAUUACUAUGUGAUGCCUGAAAAGGACUGGAGUCAUUUUGAUUUUGUAUGGGGAAAAAGGAUACCUGACCAACUUUUACCCAAGGUUUUUGAGUAUUUAGAUUUGUACGCUGCAUAGGUAAUUAUGCAGGAGCAACACCUACUUAUCUACCUACCUCAUCCAUGUUACCCAACCCAACUUUACGAUUAUAGUGCUUCAGCAACAGCCCACCCAUGUAAGUAAUCUGUUUGCCAAAUGUUGCGAACAUCAUAAAUUUGAUUAGGUAGGUAUACUUAAGUACUUAUUUAAUAAAUAAUUAAUACCUAAUGAUCAUGCAAAUCUUUUUUUAUUUGAUCCAUGAAAAUCUCGAUACUUUCUGUACCUAACUAGUUAC